GGUAAACAUGAGUCAGAAACCGGCUCCUUGGGGCUGUAACAUUAGAUGAUACACCUCUUGGGUCAUUACUGAGUAAACCAAUGCCUUCGUUUGGGCUGGGCCCUCUAAAAGGUGUUGCUGCUGCCUGUGUAGCUGAAAGAGCGCUCACAAGGAAAGAGACGGUUGGUUUGGGCUGUUGGGACCUUUGUCAACCAGGAAGGAAUUUGACGUUCAUUAGAAAUAAACUCUGAAAGAUUCUAGAAGCUCUAGAAAUCAAGUCAGCCUGUGAAGGACCAGCAUGGGAAUCCUGUACUCUGAGGAUCCAGAAAUACUAUACUAGCCUGGUGCUUUCAAGUUGUAGUGUGCACGUGGAUUGCCUGAAGAUCUUGUCAAGUAUAGACUGUGUUUUUGUGGGUGUGAGUAAGGCAGAUUAUGUAUUUGAGUUCCCUGAUGCUUUUACUGGUGGUCUAUGGACUCCAUACCCAUCUGCCAGGCAGCCUAUCAGAAUGACUUUGGUCAAGUGUGGCGGUGGGUGAAGGAGGACAACGGCUAUGUCAAUGUUCAAGAUGGCUUUAAUGGAGACACUCCCCUGAUCUGUGCUUGCAGACGUGGGCACACGAGAAUUGUUUCCUUCCUCUUAAAAAGAAAUGCUGAUGUGAACCUCAGAAAUCAGAAAGAGAGAACCUGCUUGCAUUAUGCAGUGAAGAAAAGGUUUACGUUUUUUGAUUACCUGCUCAUCAUCCUCCUGAUGCCUGUUCUGCUGAUUGGGUACUUCCUCAUGGUGUCAAAGACUAAGCAGAAUGAGGCUCUGGUACGGAUGCUACUUGAUGCUGGUGUUGACGUUAACGCUACUGACUGUUACGGCUACACUGCAUUGCAUUAUGCCUGUGAAAUGAAAAACCAGACUCUUAUCCCUCUGCUCCUGGGAGCCCAUGCAGACCCCACAAUAAAGAAUAAGCACAGUGAGAGCUCAUUGGACAUUGCACGGAGAUUAAAAUUUUCCCAGAUCGAAUUCAUGCUAAGGAAAACAUCAUGAUCCCUGUGAACUCAAGAAUGGGUCAUAGGCAGAGCUGAAGAACUGGAUUCUAACUCCACCUUGGACUGUUGGUCUCUGAGCUUCCCCACCUGGACACCGCAAUUUUAUAGGAAUGAUGAUGGUUGCCAUGGUUGUCUUUGAAGAGCUUUUUAUUUAUCAUGUGGUUUGCUCACUGGAGGUCACCACGGCCGUAGUAUUUCUAGAGGAGACAUGGAACUUGUCGGAAUCUCCAUGCAGUCAAAAAGCAGAUGUUUCAAAGUCGGUCACUUCUGAAGAAGAGGUUCAGAGUUACCUGAGAGACCCUGCCUUCUUCUGGCUUUAUCACAUUAUCAAGGACUGUCUGUCUCUGCCACACUUUAGCAGGCAAGCUGUCCUUCUCAGGGCCCUUGGAAUACUAAGAGGAAGAAUCAGUGUGUACA